UUAUGACACGUAAGCGUCGAUGACUCCAUCUUCUUCAAAACAAUGUUAUAUAUAUAAGGACGUUUUGAAUCGAGAAAGCCUGGGUUGGUGUGGCCUUCAAUUUAUCUAUCUAUCUGCACUUCAUUUUGGAGGAAACCAUAUUGCACAAAGUAAUAAUUACUAACUAAUCACCACAACUAAUCAAUUGUUAUAAUUACUAAUUAGCGAAGCAGUUAGAGGUAGAUCGAGCGGAGAAUAUGAAGAUCUCAGGGUCAAUUUGGUCAAUGGCACAUCUCUGUCUCUUCCUACUAUUACUCAUCGGAAUGUCUCACGCCGUUGAUGACAAAUGUGCUGCCUGUAAAGCUGUUGCGGGGGAGCUAGAGAUUGGACUUUCCAGUGAAAGGCCGCGGAAUCAUUUGGAUAUGCGCCAUCGUUUGGACUCCAAGGGCCAGCGUCAAGGAAAGCUAAUCGAUUACCGAAUUAGCGAGUUAAGAGUGGUUGAACUUCUUGAUGGCCUUUGCGAAAAGAUGCAAGAGUACUCACUCAAGAUACUUAAAGAUUCAUCACAUAUAUGGUUCAAAGUGGGUAUCUGGGAUAACCUCACAAAUAAACAAGAAGCUCGGGCAUAUUCAAAAGACAUCUCUUCUUUUUGUGGAAGAUUACUCGAAGAAACAGAAGAUGAGCUGGCUGAAUUGAUAAAGAAAGGAUCUGUUACAGUGGGAAGUGUGAGCAAAGUUCUUUGUCAAGAUUUGAGCAAACACUGCAGUCAGACGAGUGUAUCACAUGAGGCGGAGGUCAUUGAUGACGGAGAUAAUGAUGAGCUCUAAAACCCUGGAUAUUAGGGUGGCUGGAAAUAUCUGCCUUUAGGCAAUUAAAAAUUAACAGAAUGCAUCACAAAAUUGAUGGUGUUGUCCUUUUUGUAGUUGGUCUUAAGAGUUAGAAUGCCUUUCAUUUUUCUUAAUUAAGAGACAUUGUACUGAUAUGGUUGAUCGGACUCUAAUCAAGUUAUGAUUACGACUUCACGGUCGCUCACUGCACUCUAAAGUAUUUUAUUUUGAAUGCUGGGUUAUUCAGACAGGUAUUGCCUGAUGCCUCUACAGAUACAUACUAGUAGUUACAUAAAAAAGAAGCUUCAGAAUUCUCUUA